AGCGGAGGGCGGGAGGCGGCGCGGCGGAGGUGCCCGGCGAGCGGGAGGCCGCAGCCAUGCCCGCCUUCCGGCAGGUCGGGGAGAAGCAGCUGCCGCAGGAGGUCGUCGUCAUGGCGUGGUCCCCCAAGAGGGACCUCAUCGCUCUGGCCAACAGGGCGGGAGAGGUUUUACUUCAUCGGCUUGCAAACUUUCAACGAGUCUGGAGUUUGCCUCCAAAUGAAAAUACAGGAAAAGAAGUGACUGCUCUUGCUUGGAGGCCAGAUGGCAAAAGUAAUGCCAAGUAUAUGCUGUGACAUGCUGCAAUAGAAAUCCCACUGGAAAUCAGUGGAGGCUGUGGUGAUGAUACCUUUUGUCUGAGAAGGAAACUUUAAGUAGACUGUAUUUAAAGAGAAGGUUUUGGCUUUUGGCCUUACUGAUACCAAGCGGAUUAUUCUGUGUGAUGUAGAAAAACCUGAAAGCUUGCACUCCUUCUCUGUGAACUUAUCUAUUACUUAUAUGCACUGGAUGGAAGUAACUGCAGAGAGCAGCAUUCUCACUUCCUUUUACAAUGCUGAGGAUGAGGCAAAUCUCGUUUUGCCUAAAUUACCAGCACUACCAAAAAAUUAUAGUACCACUGCAAAAAUUUUCAGUGAAGAAAAGUCAGAUGAGAUUAUGAAGCUUCUGGGUGAUGUAAGGCUUAAUGCUCUUGUCCUUGGUGGCAGCUCAGGGUUUAUUGAAAUUUAUGCUUAUGGAAUGUUCAAGAUUGCUACAGUAACUGAGGUGGCAGGUUCUUGUCGUGGACUCUGUUUAUCUAGUGAUCUGAAAUCGCUAUCGGUUAUUACAGAAAUACAAGAUUCUCCUGACAGUGAAGCAGAGAUAACUUAUUUUCAGCUGGACACCAGUCUAUUAUCAAGUUAUUUACCUGAGGUAACUCGAAUGGCCCGGAAGUUUACUCACAUUUCAACUCUGUUACAGUAUAUAAAGUUGUCAUUGACGUGCAUGUGUGAAGCGUGGGAAGAAAUAUUGAUGCAGAUGGACUCACGGCUAACAAAAUUUGUACAGGAAAAGAAUACAACCACUUCUGUUCAGGAUGAGUUUAUGCAGCUGUUGUUAUGGGGCAAAGCAAGUCUGGAACUGCAGGCAUUGUUAAUGAACCAACUGACAGUAAAGGGUUUAAAAAAGCUCGGUCAGUCCAUAGAGUCCUCCUAUUCCAGUAUACAAAAAUUGGUUAUAAGUCAUUUGCAGAGUGGCUCAGAAGCACUGUUAUACUACUUGAGUGAGUUGAAAGGAAUGGCUUUAUGGAAACAAAAAUACGAGUCUCUGGGAUUGGAUGCAUCUGGAAUUGAAGAGGCUACUACUGCCGUCGGUUCUUUCAUCCUGAAAGCAAAUGAGCUGCUUCAAGUUAUUGACAGUAGUAUGAAAAACUUCAAAGCAUUUUUUCGAUGGCUGUAUGUUGCCAUGUUGAGGAUGUCAGAAGAUCACGUGCUUCCAGAGCUGAACAAGAUGACUCAGAAAGAUAUCACGUUUGUUGCUGAUUUUCUUACUGAACACUUCAAUGAGGCGCCAGAACUUUACAAUCGCAAAGGAAAAUACUUCAAUGUGGAGAGGGUUGGCCAGUACUUGAAAGAUGAAGAUGAAGACCUUGUAUCACCACCUAAUACAGAAGGAAACCAGUGGUUUCACUUUCUUAAAAAUAGUACUCAUCUUAAAGAAAGUCCACUUUUGUUUCCCUACAAUCCUGAGAAAUCACUGCAUUUUGUCAAAAGACAAAUGGAAGAGGUCAUUGAUCAGUGUUUACAAAAGCCAGCUGAUGUGAUUGGAAAGUCAGUGCAUCAAGCAUUCUGUGUGUCUCUCUACAAAACUUCUCAAAGUGAAGAUUCCUCACCUCAAUUAUUUAAGCUACCAUUUCUGUGGAAUGACAAAACAUCCAACCUACAUUAUGUUCUUUUCACUAUAUUAGAAAGUUCUGUUUCUAAAAUACACAUUUUGAGGAGACAUACAGAUACUUCCAGGUCUAUUGGUAAUGGAAUUGUUGCAGUAGAGUUUGGAAACUUCUUGAACAACAGUAUAAAUGAGAGCUCAGACGCCAGGUGCUACAGUUGUUUAGAUGCACAUUUUUAUGAUGAUGAAACUGUAACUGUAGUUCUGAAGGAGAGUGUGGAACAAGAGGGGAAGGAGAGAAUCUUGGCCCAGCUGCCUUUAUCUUCAGUAUACACAGAUGAGGAUCAAGAAGUGGAGUUUAUCUGGGAUUCUACUAAAAGGUUGGAUGAGCAAAGGGAUGAGAUAGCAACACGUACUGUCUUUUUGGACAAUCAGUGGAGAGUGCUGGAGAAUAUGAAAGCUCAGUAUGUUGCUGUAAAUGGUAUUAGAAAAGUUUCCUGUGUGCUAAGUUCAAAUCUCCGUCAUGUGAGAGUGUUUGAGAUGGAUGUAGAGGAUGAUGGAGAAGUUGAAGAAGAGGAGGAGGAAGAGACAACUCAGAUUGCAGCUGGGGAACCUGAAGAGCUGCAUCGCUCUGUGGAUAACCAAGAAGAUGUGUGUGGUGCAUCAGCUGAAGAACUACCUGAUGAAACUGAAGAAAAUGAAUCAAACCUGGGUCUUUGACACAGAUUUUCCCUGGUAAAGGGAAAAGACUGAAAUCUAACUUCUGGUUACUGAGAUGAUGUUUCCCGUACCUACUUUGCAGUGUUAACAUGUGUGUUCUGUAUUACCUCUUAACAAAGACCAGCUAUGUUCUAGAAUAUACAAGCUUGACUUGGCACAGUGAUUGGUACAAACUGUUUCUUGAGCGGUUUUCUAUUUGCAGUUUUUUAUAGGUGGAGGAAAAAAAAAUACUACCUGAAGUUUUUAUGGUUAACCUAAUCAGUCCUGAAUACUGUUCUGAAGAUAAAAUGAGCAUGUAUGUGGAAACAACAAAACCCUAAUUUUUGAAGACCAAUAUCUUAUCUUGUUAGACUUCGUGUUCUACUAAGGGGUACAGAAACUUCUUGUAUAGCUACACUUUAAGUGUGUGUAUGGAGAACAACAUGCUUGUAGAUCAGCAUAAAACUAGCUGGACACCAAAAGUUAGCAACUGUUACUUAAAUGCUUUUAAAAAGCUAUUCUGAUAAAAAUCUGUGUCCUCAGUAAUACAGUAUUUGUUCAAUCUGUGCAGUUCUUCAGUUCAGAGUACAAGGUGUGUUUUGUCAGAUACCUCAGCCUGCCUACUUUGUGUAAAAUUGCUCCUGUAGUUUUCCUCCUGGUUUUUUUUUCUUUUUUUUUUUGUAAUGAGAAGUUAAAAGAGAAUAUCUUUUUCAUCUGAUGUGGCAUUGUGUGUCCUGUACAGGCUUCAGCAGGAAUAUGUUCCUUGCUAAUUUAUAUAUUGUUGUAGGAGUGGUGUGGUGCUAGCACUAAAAGCUAGAGAUGGAGUCUAGAAAUCUAACAUCCUUUCUUGUUGCCUAGCAGCUGCUUUGAGCCUUAACUGCACCAUCUCUUUUAAUGAACUAUGCUGCUAAAUGCACCAUCUUCCUUUUGGAACAGCGUGUGUAUUUUUUAUUUCUAAAAAGAUCCAGGUCUUAUACGUGUGCUCUUUUCUAUAUUUCAAAAAUAAAUCAGUCUUCUCAAACUGCUGUUUGGCACUGCGAAAAAUCAA